CUCCCGUCGACUCGGUCACUGCAUACCUGCUCUAGCAAAGCUAGCCAUCCUCUACUACCUCUACCAAGUCUCGUCCUCAACCAUACCGUCAGGUCAUUGCCAUCCUCGCCUUACUGCGAACUCUUAGAUCCGACUAGGAUCUUUCAUAUCACUCUUCUCGUUAUCCCCGUCGUCAUAAAGCCCGACGACCUCGAUCUUCAUCGUCCCAUCCUCGACCCUGCAUCAACUCCGACCUCUCUUCCAGAUCCCGCAUAUAAGAUUCCAUCAACUUGAGGGUAUUGCAACUCCAUCCGUCCCGAAUCACUACACCUGCACGUUUUCCUUCGAAAACCCUCAAGGUGUAGAUAAGAAAAGAACUCGAUAAUACAAAAUCAAUUCGACCGUCUACAAGGCACACGUAGCCCUUCUCAAGAGUGACCUGAUAAUAGAGCAAGAUGUCUGCAUCGCCUUCUCACCCGACUAAUCCGGCAAAGCGCCCCUUGGAGGAUGCUUCGUCACCCUCUCGUGGCAAUGACCAACCAGAGGCUAAACGCCCAGCCCUCGACAAAGUCAUCAAUAACGGAAAUAGCGACAAGCAUCUCGAGCUUCCGAUCAACAGCAUUGAUGACAUCCCGGCUCUGACUGGGACCAACGGCACAGCUAAGGCUGAGGAAGCCAGUAGCGAUAAGGCUGAAGUUAAGGAUGACCAAGGAGAUACUGUUGUCCCUGAUGUCGACGAGUCUAAGCUUGCCCUAGAUAAUGCUGUCACUGGCCCUUCGGCCGCAACUGGUGCUCCUUCAACCAACACUCACGAUGAGACCACAUGGAUUCACAUUCGCGCAGUCAUCUCCAGUCCCGAAGCUGCCACUAUUAUUGGCAAGGGCGGCGAGAAUGUCUCCAACAUCCGAAAGCUGUCGAACGCCAAGUGUACCGUCAGUGAUUACCAGAAAGGUGCUGUAGAGAGGAUCCUAACCGUUAGUGGCGCGGUCGAAGCCGUAGCUAAGGCCUUCGGUUUGAUUAUCCGUACUCUUAACAAUGAACCUCUGACAGAGAAGUCCAAUUCCCAGUCCAAGACUUAUCCUCUCCGCCUCCUUAUUCCUCAUGUCCUGAUUGGAUCAAUCAUCGGAAAGGGUGGUGCUCGAAUUCGCGAGAUUCAAGAUGCCUCAGGAGCAAGACUCAAUGCUUCUGACUCUUGCUUGCCGCUAUCUAGUGAACGUUCCCUUGUAGUCAUGGGCGUUGCUGACGCUGUUCACAUCGCUACUUAUUAUGUAGGCAGCACGCUCCUUCAGCAACUCAACGAGCGAUUCGGCGGCCCUGCUGCAUCUGCUUACGCCACCCGUAGCGGUGGUCCUACAGGUGUUGUACCUGGUGGAAUGCAAGUAGUUCCAUACUGUCCUCAACCUGCUGGCGGCAACUUCGGCCACCGAGAGAAUUACGGACGACGGCCUGAUCCUCGACAGCACCACAUGCCGCCUGCUCCGUACGCGCAGCCCUAUCCGCAUGCAGCUACUCCGCAGCCUAACCCAAGCGUGCCGAUGCACUAUGCGCCCCAGGCAGCCGGUUAUGGCGCUGCUCCUCACAUGCCGCCGCACCAUGCUCCACACGUGAGCGGACCCCAUCCUCACGGCGGUCCUCCGGCUCAGCCAAUGCACGGCGCUAUUGCUGGAGCUCCCAUGACUCAGCAAAUCUACAUCCCCAACGACAUGGUCGGUGCCAUUAUCGGUAAAGGUGGACAGAAGAUCAACGAGAUCCGCCAAAUCAGCGGUAGUGUGAUUAAGAUCAACGAGCCGCAAGACAAUAGUAAUGAGCGACUUGUCACUAUCACCGGAACGGAGGAAUGUAACAGAAUGGCGCUAUACAUGCUCUAUUCUCGACUGGGUGAGCAAUCUAAUAAGACAUACCGAGGCUAAAUUGGCCCGGCCGCCCCCAAGACGCCCAGACAAACUAACCAUACCCGUGAGGAACAGAAAGUGAAAAGCACCGAAUCUAACAACUUAGGACGCACGGCGGAUGUAUUAUACUACCGGCUAUCCCGUUACCUUCGACUUUUCCAUACCAUAGG